AUGUCUUCCGGUGGCAAGUCUGGUGGCAAGUCGGGUUCCGAGACCAAGUCGUCGUCGCGUUCGUCCAAGGCCGGCCUUCAGUUCCCCGUCGGUCGUAUCCACCGUCUCCUUAAGCGCGGCAACUACGCCCAGCGUAUCGGUUCGGGUGCCCCCGUCUACCUCGCUGCCGUCCUCGAGUACCUCGCCGCUGAGAUUCUCGAGCUCGCCGGUAACGCCGCCCGUGACAACAAGAAGUCGCGUAUCGUGCCCCGUCACCUGCAGCUCGCCGUCCGCAACGACGAGGAGCUCAACAAGCUCCUCGGCUCGGUCGUCAUCUCGCAGGGUGGUGUCCUCCCCAACAUUCUUUCCGAGCUCCUCCCCGCCAAGACCGGCGGCAAGAAGGGCAAGGCCGCUGCCUCCCAGGAAGUCUAA